GGGGACCCCUGGCCCACCAGGAGACCCUGGUCUGACUGAUUGCGACGUGAUGACCUAUGUGCGAGAGACGUGCGGAUGCUGUGAUUGUGAGAAACGCUGCGGGGCCCUGGACAUCAUGUUUGUCAUAGACAGCUCAGAGAGUAUCGGCUACACCAACUUCACCCUGGAGAAGAAUUUUGUCAUCAAUGUGGUCAGCAGGCUGGGCUCUAUUGCCAAGGACCCCAAGUCACAGACAGGUGCCCGUGUUGGGGUGGUGCAGUACAGUCAUGAGGGGACUUUUGAAGCCAUCAAGCUUGAUGACGAGCGCAUUGAUUCCCUGUCGAGCUUCAAGGAAGCAGUGAAGCGCCUGGAGUGGAUCGCUGGAGGCACCUGGACACCAUCUGCCCUUCAGUUCGCCUACAACAAGCUUAUCAAGGAAAGCAGGAGGGAGAAAGCCCAAGUGUUUGCUGUGGUGAUCACAGAUGGGCGCUAUGACCCCCGGGAUGACGACAAGAAUUUAGGGGCCCUUUGUGGUAGAGACGUGGUCGUCAACACCAUUGGCAUAGGAGACAUGUUUGACCAACCAGAGCAGAGCGAGACCCUGGUCUCUAUCGCCUGCAACGAACCCCAGCGAGUCCAGAAGAUGAGGCUCUUCUCAGACCUGGUGGCAGAGGAAUUCAUUGACAAGAUGGAAGACGUGCUCUGCCCAGAUCCACAGGUCGUCUGCCCUGAACUGCCCUGUCAGACAGAGCUUGCUGUGGCCCAGUGCACCCAGCGCCCCGUUGACAUAGUUUUCUUGCUCGAUGGCUCGGAAAGGAUCGGUGAGCAGAAUUUCCAGAGUGCCCACCACUUUGUGGAGGAGGUGGCCCGGCAGCUCACACUGGCCAGGAGCAGCAGCGACAACAUGAACGCCCGGAUCGCGCUGCUGCAGUACGGCAGUGAGAGGGACCAGAACGUGGUCUUCCCGCUGACCUACAACCUGACAGAGAUCUCCAUUGCCCUGGCGCAAAUCAAGUACCUGGACUCGUCCUCCAACAUCGGGUCAGCCAUCAUUCACGCCAUCAACAACAUCGUGCUCAGCCCAGGGAACGGGCAGCGACUCGCCCGGCGCAAUGCUGAGCUCUCCUUCGUCUUCAUCACUGACGGCAUCACGGGGAGCAAGAACCUGGAGGAGGCCAUCAACUCCAUGAAGAAGCAAGAUGUCAUGCCCACAGUGGUGGCCCUUGGGAGUGACGUAGACAUGGAUGUCCUGCUGAAGCUUGGCCUCGGGGACCAGGCAGCCAUCUUCCGGGAGAAGGACUAUGACAGCCUCUCCCAGCCCAGCUUCUUUGACAGGUUCAUUAGGUGGAUUUGUUAAAUGAAGGGCGCGCACACAUCCUCGUCUCACUGAUAUACACACCCCUGAUAUUACCUCUUGUAUUUUCUUCCCUUGUAUGUUUGCUAGCCCAGAACAGCUGCCCUCAGGGUCCUCCUUUCUAGCCAAAAUCCAGAGCUCUUUAUUGAUUUUCAUGAUGAAGAGCCGUGUAUGUUACAUUUAUGGUGCUAAUUAAAACCCAGAUCAAAGGAAAAUACGGAGCCAUAUAAAGCUUUACACACCAAGCCAUGACUUGCGUAUGUACUGUAAUCCUAGGAGGGCUUAUCAGAGAAGCAAGAAACCUUUCCAGUGUAGCAGGAUAAAUGAAUAACUCUAGUUUUCAAAAACUCUCAGUAUUCCUCAGUGUGUCUUGCUCCUCCUUCCUGGGAGCUAUAGGAUGGUGUGAGAGGUUUUGCUGCCUUCCACAGUUGUCUGCAGAUGCUUCUUUUGGGGGUCUAUCUAUCCUAAAUUUCACAAAUCAUCUCUAAGAUCUUUAUUUUCCUGUGGGCCAUAUUUCCCGUGAUUCCUUCUGCCAUUCUGCCCUUCAUCAGAACCUGCUCAUUUAUUACUGCACCCAAAAUCCUGGCUGAGAGGGGCCUCCUAGCAUCUCACAAAAUACCAGGCAGCCACCAGAGCUGCCUCCCUGUCACCCCGGUGUGCUCAAAGUGUCAAUGGCGCCUUCAUCCCACCGAUAUCUGUUGAGCAAUGCCCAGAUUUGAACUUGAAUUGUGCUGUCUGCAAAAAUAAACGAACCCUUUUCACCCUACACUGAAAAA